UUCCCCCCCCCCCUCGUUUAGGGCCAGCGAAUGACAGUAGGCAACCUAGUGUAAUCGAUUGCAUUGGGAAAGGGAGAGAGAAUGAGGUUGGUUCAAUUCGUGGAAUAGGGAAAAUUUUUUUUAAAACGGGGAAGGGACAGAGGUAGCAGGAAUUAAGAGGGCCACGUUGGGGAGGAAAAAGGGAGUUGGAACGAGGGGGCGAGCGCGGAGGCGACGCAGAAACGUCGAUGGCACGCGCGAUCGGGAGAGGUAACGGCGGGAGAACGAGGAGGGGGCGGGGGCGGACGCUGCACCGGCAGCGCCCCUUGGUGGCGGCGACUGUGGACGUCUGGCUGGACGGGGUUUCACCGACUGCAUGGUCGCGGGACCGGAGCCACUAAGCAGCACCAACCCGAUACUCCCUAGUCCGCAGGCGCGGGUCUUCCGCUGAGACCUUCUUCCCAGCGUCCUUUUCGCCUCGUUUUUCUCCGCGCCGCGCCCCGCGGCUGAUGUGGACGCCUGGCCGGGUCAUGGCUCCGCCCGGCUCUUCUGCCAACCCUAUCAUCAGCUACCAAGGCAGAGGUGAUUUGGUCAUGGAGGCUUUGUUGGAAGGAAUGCAGAGUCGAGGGCAAGGAGGGGGGUUUUUGACAUCUUGUGAGGCAGAGCUACAGGAACUAAUGAAACAAAUUGACAUAAUGGUGGCUCAUAAGAAGUCUGAAUGGGAAGGUCAGACCCAGGCUCUAGAAACCUGUUUGGAUAUCCGACAACAAGAACUUACCUCUCUUAGGAAUUUAUUGGAUCAGAAACACAAAGAGGUUGGGAUGUUGCAUCAGCAGAUGGAAGAACUGGAUAAAACCAAGCAAGAAAUGGCUGUAGAAUACAAACAAGAAUUGAAGAAACUUCAGGAAGAACUAACCAAACUAAAGAAAGGCUACGAAAAGCUUCAGAAAAAGCAGAUAAAAGAGUCCAGAGGUGGCAUCAAAAAUCACAGGGAGGACCCAGCUGAAAUGGAGAGGUUAAAUGGAAAAAUAGAGGACUUCCGUCAGAAAUCACUAGAGUGGGAGAAACAGCGAUUGAUUUAUCAGCAACAGGUGGCAUCUCUGGAGGCACAAAGGAAAGCUUUGGCUGAACAGUCAGAUAUUAUUCAGGCUCAGCUCACCAAUCGGAAACAGAAGCUAGAAUCUGUGGAGAUUUCCAGCCAAUCUGAAAUUCAGCACUUAACUAGUAAACUAGAGAGGGCUAAUGAUACCAUAUGUGCCAAUGAACUGGAAAUAGAGCGUCUCAACAUGAGGGUAAAUGAAUUGGUUGGAACCAACAUGACCAUCCUGAAGGAACAGCAACGACUUGAAGAAGAACUGAGGCGCUCUGAAAAUCGGUUACAGGUUCUACAAGAAGAAAAGAAGGAGUUGGAGGUAACUGUCCGAUCUCAAGAGGAUUUCAUUAAUGGUUCAAUAAUUCAGAAGGAGAAAUUACAGAAUAAAUUUACAAAUGUAUCCAAAAAUUUACAUUCUACAGACCUCAUCAGGUCACUGGAGGUCAGCCUUCAAGAAAAGAUUUCUUCCCCUAAAGGCCAGAUGGACCUAGAGAAUGUUUUUUCACUGUUGGAUUUUCCACAGACCAGUGAAGAACAUCUGCAGGCAGAGGUAUCUCGUCUUGAAGGCAGUUUGGGAUCUGUGAGUACAACAUGCAAACAGCUAAGCCAAGAGCUAGCGGAAAAACAUGAAGCUCUCAAGGUGAUGGAAGACUCUAACAACCAAUACAAGAUGGAGAUUAAAAAACUGAAAGAUCAGAUAUUGCAGAAUGAGCAGACUUAUAAUUGUGCUCUUGAAGGAAUGAAAAUGGAAAUUUCCAAACUGAUGCGGGAGGUGCAUCAGCGUGACAUAGCCAUCGCUUCAGUCAGUGGAACUAGCUCUGAAAUGGAACGACACCUCAGAUCUGAACUGGAAAAAGCAGAAACCAAAGCAAUGGACCAAAAGGAUAUUUUGACACAACUGGAAGCACUCAGGUUAGAAAAUAAACAACUUUCCGACACCUUGGAGGAUAUGGAAUCUGUUCCUAUAGGGGAAAUGGAAGUUCCUCUAACAGAAAUUCGAGAUAGUUACAUCAAGGCAAUUAAUAAUUUAGCAACUGAAAAUCAACAGCUAAAGAAGGACUUGGUAGAGGUCAAAUCUAGGCUGGAAGUCUCUGCUCAUGUGAGCCAAGAUAACUAUGAGCGUAAUUUUAAUGAGACACACAGCAUAUUGCCUGAGCUCAAGAAUUCAGAGUACAGGAGAACAUAUGAACUGCAGCAUAGUCAGCAUGAAGAAACUGAAAAACUGCAGAACUACUACAAGGGCGAGUCGGGAGCUCUUAACAUCCCACAUCUGUCUAUCGGAAUGCACCCUGUGUCCAGUGCGCUUAUUGGAUUGAGUCCCCAAAUCAGCACUUUCAGCUCUACCUUCUCAUUGACCUCUGACUUCUUUUUGCCUAUGGCAGUAGAUGUAAAUGAGGCCAACUUUUCUGAUUCCAUGUCAGAGUCAGAAUCUGCUGUAAAUCAACAAGAAGAAUUUUUGCCUUUGCGUCCCCUGUCAACAUCUCCCAUUAGUUCAAUAGCCUCAAGAUUUUUGGAAGAAGAGGAACUGAGAUCUCAACACAUCCUGAAACGUCUUGAUGCCCAUAUCGCUGAGCUGAAAAGAGAGAGUGAAAGGACAGUGAGACAGUUCACAGAUCUAAAGUAAUUCACUGUCAGGAACCUCCCAAUACAAUGGCCUCAAAGAGUGUAUCUUCUCCAUUAUCCAAGCUUCCCAAAAUGUGAACAUAGCGUGAAGAUGAUAGCUCUGACCUCACUAGUGAAAGAAGUGGUGAAGAUACAACCCCCUCCUGAAAAGGAUGAUCCUUCCCUUGAGGCUGAUGAUCACAUGUGUGCUUUCUCUCUGGAGAACAGAAGAUCAUGUCUAGACUUCUUUGAUAGUCUUUUCUGUCCCAUGUAUAUUUAUUGUCAGAGAGAUUGUGGUGCUGUCCAGGUUUUAAUUCAAAAUGUGAAUAUGUCUGUAUAAUUUAAAAUAAAGAUUUUGUAAUGUGUGUGAUAUACAGGAAAAUCAUUUUUUUAAGGAAAAAAAUUAUUGGAAAUUAUAUACAAUGAGAAUUCAAGGAAAUGAUCUAGUUUAACUUUGUUGAUAAAACAUAAGUAUUUGAAGAAAAUAUUUGGAAAAGUAAAAUAUUGCUUAUGUAACACUUAAGACAUUUCUAUAAGUCUCACACCCUACCUACAUCAAGAUAAACUCAGAAUGGGUGAAUGACUUGAACAUAAAGAAGGAAACCAUAAGUAAAUUAUGUGAACCCAGAAUAGUAUAUAUGUCAGACCUUUGGGAAAGGAAAGAUUUUAAAACCAAGAAAGACUUAGAAAGAGUCACAAAAUGUAAAAUAAAUAAUUUUGAUUACAUCAAAUUAAAAAGUUUUUGUACAAACAAAACCAAUGUAACCAAAAUUAGAAGGGAAAUAACAAAUCUUCAGAACAAAAACCUCUGACAAAGGUCUACUCAAAUUUACAAAGAGCUAAAUCAAUUGUACAAAAGAUCAAGCCAUUCUCCAAUUGAUAAAUGGGCAAGGGACAUGAAUAGGCAAUUUUCAGUUAAAGAAAUCAAAACUAUUAAUAAGCACAUGAAAAAGUGCUCUAAAUCUCUUAUAAUCAGAGAGAUGCAAAUCAAAAAGGGAAGUAAUGAAUGCUGGAGGGGAUGUGGCAAAGUUGGGACAUUAAUGCAUUGCUGGUGGAGUUGUGAAUCAAUCCAACCAUUCUGGAGGGCAAUUUGAAAUUAUGCCCAAAGGGCGAUAAAAGACUGUCUGCCCUUUGAUCCAGCCAUAGCACUGCUGGGUUUGUACCCCAAAGAGAUAAGGAAAAAGACUUGUACAAGAAUAUUCAUAGCUGCACUCUUUGUGGUGGCCAAAAAUUGGAAAAUGAGGGGAUGCCCUUCAAUUGGGGAAUGGCUGAACAAAUUGUGGUAUAUGUUGGUGAUGGAAUACUAUUGUGCUAAAAGGAAUAAUAAAGUGGAGGAAUUCCAUGAGGACUGGAACAACCUCCAGGAAGUGAUACAGAGUGAAAGGAACAGACCCAGGAGAACAUUGUACACAGAGACUGGAUCAUACUGUGGUACAAUCGAAUGUAAUGGACUUCUCCAUUAGUGGCAAUGCAGUGAUCCUGAACAUCCUAGAGGGAUCUAUGAGAAAUCCACAUCCAGAGGAAGAACUGUGGGAGUAGAAACACUAAAGAAAAACAACUGCUUGAUCACAUGAGCCAAGGGGAUAUGACUGGGGAUGUAGACUCUAAAUGAACAUCCUAAUGCUAACACCAACAACAUGGAAAUGGGUUCUGAUCAAGGACACGUAAUACCCAGUGGAAUUGCACGUCAGCUAUGGGAAGGGUGAGGGGCGGAGAGGGAGGAAUAGAAUAUGAUUUUUGUAACCAAGGAAUAAUGUUUGAAAUUGACCAAAUAAAAUAAAAAAAAAAAGA